CUUCUUCUUCUGCAAGUUAAAUGAUUGAUUCAUUGUGUUGAACUCAUGUUUUUUUUUUAAUAUUUAGUUAGUAGUUACUAGCUUUUGCAUGGAUUUUGCCAAAAACAUAUUAAAAAAAUACGGGUGGAAGGAAGGUGACGGCUUGGGUAAAACAAACAAUGGUAUUACGAAAGCUUUACGGGCAAAUUUGAAGUUUGAUAAGGCCGGUUUUGGUUCCGAUGUGGCUUCCAGUGAUUUCAACAAUCAUUGGUGGGAAAGAGUUUUUAACGAGGCAGCCAGUAAUGUCAAUGUUAAACAAAAAGAUGACGGUGAGACAGAAUUCGAUUUGAUAAAUGAAGGAGUGGAAAUAUCUACUAAAGGAUAUUCAUUGGAAAAACUGAAAAAAGCCCGACGUAAUCAAUGUCCUGACAAUACUGUCAGCUAUGGAAAUUUUUUGCAAACGGCUACGUUAAAAGCAGGAGGAGGUGCUAUCGAAGUAGAUCAUCCUGGUAAAAUAAAUAUUGCCGAUAUGGAAGUAGCUAAAGUAAAUAUUAUGACCGAUGAGGAACUGUUUGCAGCUUGCGGCGGCCGCACAGCUCACAAGGGGGCAAGACACGGUUUAAAAUUGAGUGGGAAACUUUCACGUUUGGAAAAGCAAGAACAAGAAUUGUUAGCGAAAAUGUUUGGCGGGCAGCCUUCACUACAGAAAAGUACUAAAGCAGAGGAAGUUUCCGGAAUAGUUGCCGACAUAAAAGGACUAAAAAGAAAGGAAAAGUGCCAGAGUCCUUUCAAGAACACGGACGAUCAAUUUUCAUACGAAACCGCUAAACCCAGUAAAAGGAAAAGGAAGUGCAAUGUAACAAACAUGCCCGAAAGUAACAAAUCUUCAAAAACAAGGAAGGAGGGAACCAAACUAAAUUUUCAAAAGAGUUCUGAACUUGAAAUUUGCGAGAUUAACGGUGAAAAGGCACAGGGGCCAGAAAAGACCACACGAGAUUAUAAAAAUGAUUCUGAAUUAGAUUUUGGAAUAGUAAAUUUGCUCUCAUCUCUAUGGAAAUCUGGUUUAAUUAACCACAGCGUGACCAUAUCGUAUUUUAAUGCAUGCUCACAGUAUUUUUUUUUAAUGUGACAAUUAAAUAAUAGAGAAUCGAAUAACGAUGACGACAUGUGGAUUUAAUACUUCUAUUAAUUACGUAUGAAAA